AUGUUGUACGACAAGACGCCGCAAUAUCCUCAUUUUGCUCAUCUACCUUUCGCCAAGGAACCUUUCAAAGCGAUAUAUGUCUUCCAGCGAAUCAUUACCACUGUCCUCCUCGUUCCCAUCUGGAUACUAUCCAAUCUAUCUCGCUCUCGACGUCCUCGAAAGUCAUGGUCUUUGCGGCAGAUAGUGUUCGUCAACUUUACACGCCGUAUUUACCGUGUAACGGAAGUUGCUGGUGUUACUUGGGGUACUCGGAAUCCUGAAGAUGAACCUGGAACGAAGGAGCUCAAAGAGACGACAUUCGAAUGGGCACCUCCUUUGAAAGAAUCUCUCAGAAAGGGUGUUGCAGUGGAUAGGUUCAGAAGGGUGCCGUAUAAGAGGGUUGGAUGCUUUGUAUGGCGUAAGGAAGCCCUAAACAAGCAUCAGAUACCGGUAGUUGGGGUAUUUUUUCAUGGUGGAGGUUUCUCUCAACUGUCUGCACACGAAAAAUCCAGGACCUCACAUAUACCACGACGUUUGAUGAGAGAUAACUUGUUCACGGAAAUUUAUGCCGUCGAAUAUCGUUUACUACAACAUGCGCCUUUGCCUGCGGUAAUCAUGGACGCUGCAGCUGUCUAUUCACAUGUUGUUAAUAAAUAUUACGGCCCAGAUUAUAUAAGGUCAACCGAGCAACCGUUGAGAAAGCCCUGCAAAAUCUUGCUUUUAGGCGAUUCCUCGGGUGGAAACUUAGCUCUCGCUCUAGCGCGAUGGAUACGGGAUGAGCAAAUCUUACCUACGCCCGAUGGUUUACUACUGUUCUCACCGUCUUGCGAUACAUCCCACGCAUUCCCUUCGACUCAUUCUUCGUACAUCCCUCGACCUCACGCAAGCACAGAUUAUCUUACGGAUACUCCUGAGCCAAGAGCCCUGAUGCAGAGGACCUUUCUUGGUUUUAAAUACCGACCUGGAGGAACUGGCUGGGGGCAAUGGAAGCGCGGAAGAAACAGGGAAGGCGGAGAUCAAAUGGAGCGACAUUUCCAUAAAUCCACGACCAAGGGACUGGCGUUAGCUGUGGCGAGUGUCGCUAGUGCAAGCACCUCCAAGCUCGUACGAGGCGUGAAAGAUGUUGCUACAAAAUCUAUACAUGCUGGUAGCAGCCCUGUAUCCUCCGAUAUAGAGUCUUCGCCACAUGGUUUACCGCCACCGUCAGCAUCUCUUGCAACUGAUGUUAUCGACGAAGAAGAAGAGGGAAUCCGUGAGCAUUGGCCGGGUACGCAGGAGGUCACCGAAGAGGAGAGCGCAGAAGGGAAGGAGGAACGCGAAAGGAGAGAAAUCGAGGAAGAGACGAGGUCCCUGAUGGAGAUUAUCCACUCAGAGUAUGUUAGCCCUGCAAGUCCACGGGUACUGCGUCGUUGGGGUCACAUAGUGGAUCUUUAUGAUGGCUCCAGACUAGGCGAUAGAUCGUCGAAAGCGGAUGCUUCCUCGUUAGAACCAUCCAACAAGACACGGGUAUGGUUAACACCCAAUAUCGCAUACGACCAGUUUGAUUGGGAGGUGAAUGCGCAUAGUAAUGGUGCGAACCCACAACCUUCAAACGAUACCCCAAAUAACAACACCUCCGAACCCCCAUCAUCAAAGGAUAAGAUCUCCUUUGCCGUACCCGAAAUCAAGCAAACUGAUUUUGCAUCUACGUCCCAGUCAGAGUCACAAAACCCGAAUCGCCCACCCGUCCUCCGGAAUCAGGAUACAUACACCCCUCGGAAUCCCGCCCAUUCUUAUCCGAGCAGGUAUCCUCAGUUCCACACGUUAUUCGCGCAAUUUCCCAAGACCUUGAUCCUCAUCGGAGACGCAGAGCGGCUGACUACGGAAGUCGGAAAUCUCGCUCGGGCUAUGGGGAAGGACUGUGAUUGUGGAGGUGGAGGUGGAGGUGGAGUUGGAGCUGAGACUGCCAAUAUGAAGGAUGCAGGGAAUAAAGAAGAGGAAGAUUUACCUCGGGAAGGAUUGGUAUCUCUGGGCGGAGGGUGUGUUCAAGUCAGGUGGAUCCCCGAUGCGGUUCAUGAUGUGUUUAUGAUACCUCCCGGAUGGUGGGACGAGAAGAUCAAAAGUGAGGUAUGGGAAGAUGUUAAAACUUGGAUGACAGGAUUUCAUGAAGCAUCUAUAAUGUAG